AUGGCUGACAAAGAGUCUGUCGAGGACCCGCCCGACCCUCCCAACAUCCCCCCAGAGCUCGACCCGCAUAACUGGACAAAGCGGCGCAAAUGGGUCAACGUCGGGCUGGUCGCUGCACAAGCGAUCGUGACGCCCGUGUGCAGCACGCUUCUCGCUGUGGGCGCCCUCCAGGUAGACGAGGAGAUGCAUGUCACCAGCUCGUACGUCUCCGCGCUGCCUGUCGCUCUGUUCGUCCUUGGGAUGGGCCUGGGUCCGCUAUUCCUUGCUCCUCUGAGCGAGAUAUUUGGACGAAAGAUCAUCUACAUAACGUUCUUCGGGAUAUUCGCCCUCCUGAACGUCGGAUGCGCUCUGGUGCACGACAUAGCCAGCCUCGUCAUCUUACGAUUCCUCACAGGCUUGGUUGGAAGUGCCGGGUCUGCGUUGGGUGGAGGGACCAUCGGCGACAUGUUCACACGUGAAGAACGAGGAGGAGCACAGGCGAUUUACGGCUUUGGACCGACCUUUGGUCCUGCCAUAGGCGGCCUCAUCGGCGGGUACAUCGCAGACCGCGCAGGCUGGCGCUGGCAAAUGUGGGCUAUCGCCAUAACCGCUGGCGUGACAACUAUGUUUUCGUUCUUCUUCCUCCGCGAGACCUACGCUCCAUACAUCCUCGCACGCACGCAGGGCAAGCGCUACGCACCCACCACUAUUGGGUUCUACCACAGCAUCACCCGGCCGAUCCGGAUGUUGCUCUUCGCGCCCAUCGUGACGACGAUGGCAUUGUACAUGGCGCUCAUCUACGGCAUAUUGUAUCUGCAUAUCGUCACCAUUCCCUUAUUGUUCGGACCCACGCCAUUGUACGGUCUGUUCACCUAUCGGUGGCACGAUGGGAACGAAGGCCUUGCCUACCUCGGUGCAGGUUCUGGCUGCUAUAUCUCCAUCUUCUUCUGCAUCGUCACACUUAAUCGCAGUUACCGCUGGCUCUGCAAGAAGUACGAUACCCAAAAGCCCGAGUUUCGCAUGCCGGCCAUGCAGCUCGGCAUGCUGCUUGUGCCAGGUGGGCUGUUCAUGUACGGCUGGGCAGCACAGGCGCAAGUCUACUUCCUCGUGCCACUGAUCGGUGCAUGCAUCUUCGCGUCGGGAAUGAUGCUCACAUAUGUGUGCAUCCAAACCUACCUCGUCGAUGCCUUCCCGCAGUACGCAGCCUCCGCGAUAGCAGCAAUCAUCGUGCUUCGCUGCAUAUUCGGGACAAUCCUCAGCAUCUUCGGCGCAAAGCUGUACGAGAGCCUCGGAUACGGAUGGGGAAUGAGCUUGCUAGCAUUCAUCUCAAUAGCAGCACUCCCGAUCCCGUUCCUUUUCUGGACAUUCGGAGAGAGGCUGCGUGCGCAUCCGUUCAUUGCGUGA